AUGGAGGCGGCGGGCAGCGCGGGGACGGGCGGAUCCGGCGUUGGGCCCCCUUCCUGGCCAGAUCCGGAGACGGCGGGGCCUGACGGCCCAAGCGGCGACAAGGCGGAGCUCGGCGGCGAGGUGGAGGCGGGCGGUGCGCGGGAAAACGGCAGCGGCAUGGAGCGGGUGGCGGCUGGAGGUGCGGGGCGACGGGCGCAGGGCGCAGGGCGGCGGAGGUGCGGCGCGGCUCGGCUGGCACGGGAGCGCGGCGGAGCAGGCGAGGCAGGCGACGGGGCUCGGCGGGGGGAGGUGGAGGCGCGCCAGCGAGGGGUGGCGGGGCAAGCGGGCGACAGGGCGCUGGGGCCUGGGGCGCGCGGGCCCGGCGCGGCCCAGGGCGGGCCGGCCGUGGGCCUCACGGGCCGCGGUGGCGGAAGAGGCAGGAGGACGCGUGGCAGACGCGGGGAGGUCCGGGGCGGCGGCGCAAGCGGCGGCUGGCGAACGGCAGCUGGGCACGGAAAUGGAGGUGGGGGCGGCGGCUGUGGGGUAGGGGAAGGCUAG